AACCGUAAUCAUCAUUAUUUUUAAUAAGUACAUUUGCUGUGACGUGCAUCUCACAAGAUUCUUUUUUCUCUUUAACGUCAUCAUUAAAUAAUCCUAUAAGGAUAAAUAGGAGGCAAAGGAGACCAAGAAACAGAGAGCAAAGACAGACUCAAGAAGAACAGAGAUACAGCUGAAGAAAUCACUUCACUUUACCUGACUACAACAUCCAAAUGAUCAUAAAUAGUUUUGGAGGGGAAAGGAAAGAAGAGCGGAAGAAAAGCACAAUGAUUAUGAAGACCUUUAUCCUUGUCCUUAUACUUAUUGCAUCCAACAGCCAGCCUGCUCAGGGAAGCCUGAAACAGAAGUGUCCCAGAACAACCACAAUGGCCCCAAACACAACUACAGCUGCCCCAACAAUCACUACAACCACAACAGGACCAUCCCCAAGAGGAAAUGCAGGAAGUGCGACAGCAGCAGCAACAGCAGCAGCAAUAGCAGCAGCAGCAGCAGCAACAGCAGCAACAGCAGCAGAGGUCACUACUGGCCCCGCCGCUGCAGAAGCUGCAGCAGCUGCAGCAGCUGCUGCUGAGGCUGCACAAAGCUUAGCAUUAGUUUCCUCACUGGUAAAUAGUGGAAUAAUAACACCAACAGCAGCAGCAGAGCAAGUAAAAACAGCAACAGAAAAAGCCAAAGAAGCUUUAAGUGCUGCCAGAAAAGCCAUUGAAGCAACACCAACAAUAACACCUGAAGUCAUAGAAAACAUUGCAGAGGCAGCAUCAAAUGCAUCAGUUGCUGCAGAUAAAGCAGCAGAGGCGGCAGAGAAGGCUGCAAAUGCAACAACACCAGAUGCUGUGGAGGAAGCUACAGCAGCUGCAACAGAGGCGGCAGCAGAUGCAGCAAGAGCUAUUGCAGCAAUACAAGCAGCAUUAACAGCAGCUAAAAACCAAACAUCUGAAGAAACACCAGCAAUCCAGUUAUCUAUGGUAGCAGCAGAAAAAGCAGCAGAAGCCACAGCAGCUGCUGGAAACACAACAACUAAAGAAACAGAAGCUGAAAAGGCAGAGAAAGCAGCUAAAAUAGCUGCUGAAGCCGCAAAAGCAGCUGUAGCAGCUGCAGCAGCAAUAGUUACUGCAACAACAACUAAACCGCCUACAGCAACACCUACAGCUGCAGAAAAACCAGCAGGGGCAGAACCAAUACCACCCCAAACCACAAGCAUAACAACGACAACAGGACCAUCCCAAGGAGGAAAUGCAGGAAGUGCGAGAGCAGCAGCAACAGCAGCAGCGAUAGCAGCAGCAUCGGCAGCAACAGCUGCAAGAGCAGCAGAAAAUGCUACUGAGCCCCACGCUUCACAAGCUGCAGCAGCUGCAGCAGCUGCUGCCGAGGCUGCACAAGAUGCAGCAUUAGCUUCCGCACUGGUAAAUGAUGGAAAACUAUCACCAAAAGCAGCAGCAGAACUAGCAAAAACAGCAACAGAAAAAGCCAAAGAAGCUUUAAGUGCUGCCAAAAGAGCAUUUGAAGCAACACCAACAUCAACACCUGAAAUCAUAGACAAAAUUGCAGAGGCAGCAUCAAAUGCAUCAGCUGCAGCAGAUAAAGCAGCAGCGGCGGCAGAGAAGGCUGCAAAUGCAACAACACCAGAUGCUGUGGAGGAAGCUACAGCAGCUGCAACAGAGGCUGCAGCAGAUGCAGCAAGAGCUCUAGCAGCAAUGCAAGCAGCAUUAACAGCAGCACCUGGAGCAAACACAGAAACACCAGCAAUCCAGCUGUCCAUGAAAGCAGCAGAAAAAGCAGCAGAAGCCACAGCAGCUACUGGAAACACAACAUCUAAUGAAACAGAAGCUGAAAAGGCAACCGAAGCAGCUGAAAUAGCUAAGAAAGCAGCAGCAGCAGUCCUUUCUGCAAUGAUUCCUCAAAAGCCUACAGCAACAACAGCAGGACCAGCACCAACUGCAAGAAGUGCAAGAGCAGCAGCAACAGCAGCAGCGAUAGCAGCAGCAUCGGCAGCAACAGCAGCAACAGCAGCAGAAAACGCCAUUGGCCCCGCCGCUGCAGAAGCUGCAGCAGCUGCAGCAGCUGCUGCUGAGGCUGCACAAGACGCAGCAUUAGCUUCCGCACUGGUAAAUGAUGGAAAACUAUCACCAAAAGCAGCAGCAGAACUAGCAAAAACAGCAACAGAAAAAGCCAAAGAAGCUUUAAGUGCUGCCAAAAGAGCAAUUGAAGCAACACCAACAAUAACACCUGAAGUCAUAGAAAAAAUUGCAGAGGCAUCAUCAAAUGUAUCAGUUGCUGCAGAUAAAGCAGCAGAGGCAGCAGAGAAGGCUGCAAAUGCAACUACAUCAGAUGCUGUAGAGGAAGCUACAGCAGCUGCAACAGAGGCGGCAGCAGAUGCAGCAAGAGCUAUUGCAGCAAUACAAGCAGCAUUAACAGCAGCUAAAAACCAAACAUCUGAAGAAACACCAGCAAUCCAGUUAUCUAUGGUAGCAGCAGAAAAAGCAGCAGAAGCCACAGCAGCUGCUGGAAACACAACAACUAAAGAAACAGAAGCUGAAAAGGCAGAGAAAGCAGCUAAAAUAGCUGCUGAAGCCGCAAAAGCAGCUGUAGCAGCUGCAGCAGCAAUAGUUACUGCAACAACAACUAAACCGCCUACAGCAACACCUACAGCUGCAGAAAAACCAGCAGGGGCAGAACCAAUACCACCCCAAACCACAAGCAUAACAACGACAACAGGACCAUCCCAAGGAGGAAAUGCAGGAAGUGCGAGAGCAGCAGCAACAGCAGCAGCGAUAGCAGCAGCAUCGGCAGCAACAGCUGCAAGAGCAGCAGAAAAUGCUACUGAGCCCCACGCUUCACAAGCUGCAGCAGCUGCAGCAGCUGCUGCCGAGGCUGCACAAGAUGCAGCAUUAGCUUCCGCACUGGUAAAUGAUGGAAAACUAUCACCAAAAGCAGCAGCAGAACUAGCAAAAACAGCAACAGAAAAAGCCAAAGAAGCUUUAAGUGCUGCCAAAAGAGCAUUUGAAGCAACACCAACAUCAACACCUGAAAUCAUAGACAAAAUUGCAGAGGCAGCAUCAAAUGCAUCAGCUGCAGCAGAUAAAGCAGCAGCGGCGGCAGAGAAGGCUGCAAAUGCAACAACACCAGAUGCUGUGGAGGAAGCUACAGCAGCUGCAACAGAGGCUGCAGCAGAUGCAGCAAGAGCUCUAGCAGCAAUGCAAGCAGCAUUAACAGCAGCACCUGGAGCAAACACAGAAACACCAGCAAUCCAGCUGUCCAUGAAAGCAGCAGAAAAAGCAGCAGAAGCCACAGCAGCUACUGGAAACACAACAUCUAAUGAAACAGAAGCUGAAAAGGCAACCGAAGCAGCUGAAAUAGCUAAGAAAGCAGCAGCAGCAGUCCUUUCUGCAAUGAUUCCUCAAAAGCCUACAGCAACAACAGCAGGACCAGCACCAACUGCAAGAAGUGCAAGAGCAGCAGCAACAGCAGCAGCGAUAGCAGCAGCAUCGGCAGCAACAGCAGCAACAGCAGCAGAAAACGCCAUUGGCCCCGCCGCUGCAGAAGCUGCAGCAGCUGCAGCAGCUGCUGCUGAGGCUGCACAAGACGCAGCAUUAGCUUCCGCACUGGUAAAUGAUGGAAAACUAUCACCAAAAGCAGCAGCAGAACUAGCAAAAACAGCAACAGAAAAAGCCAAAGAAGCUUUAAGUGCUGCCAAAAGAGCAAUUGAAGCAACACCAACAAUAACACCUGAAGUCAUAGAAAAAAUUGCAGAGGCAUCAUCAAAUGUAUCAGUUGCUGCAGAUAAAGCAGCAGAGGCAGCAGAGAAGGCUGCAAAUGCAACUACAUCAGAUGCUGUAGAGGAAGCUACAGCAGCUGCAACAGAGGCGGCAGCAGAUGCAGCAAGAGCUAUAGCAGCAAUACAAGCAGCAUUAACAGCAGCACCUGGAGCAAACACAGAAACACCAGCAAUCCAGCUCUCAGUGGUAGCAGCAGGAAAAGCAGCAGAAGCCACAGCAGCUGCUGGAAACACAUCUAAUGAAACAGAAGCUGAAAAGGCAACCGAAGCAAUCGAGAAAGCCAAGGAAGCAGCUGCAGCAGCUGCAGCAGCUGCAGCAGCAGUUGUUUUUUCAACAACUCCUCAAAAUCCUACAGCAACAACAGCAAUGGCUUCAACUAACAACAGAGCAGUCACCUCAACACUGGCACCAACAGAAGCUGCCACAGUGACAGCAGCAGCAGCCUCUGCAGCAGCAGCAGCAGCUUCAGCAGCAGCAGCGGCAGCGGGAGCUACUUCUACAGCCGUUGGAGCGACAACAUCCCCAACUGCAGAAAGAGCAAUUAUUGCUGCAAUGGAAGCAGCCAGAGUUGCUACAUUAGUGGCAACAGGGAAAGCACAGCCCACACUGGCAGCAGAGGCAGCAGCAGAAGCUGCUGAAGCCGCCAAGGCAGCAGCGAUUGCAGCAGUACAAGAAGCAACAACAGCACCAGCAUCAAAAGCAGAAGCAGUUGCACGAGUUGCAAAUGCAUCAUCAAUAGCAGCAAAGGCUGCUGAAGAAGCAGCAACAGCAGCCAAAAUGGCCGCCUUGGGGAAACCAUCAGCAAUCGCAGAAGCAAGAGAAGCUGCAGAUACAGUGGCUAAAAAAUCAAUAGAUGUAGCAGAAAUAUUAAAAACAGAAUUAUCAUCCUCCAGUGGGCCAACAGCAAUAUCAAUAUCAGCAGCACAAGCAGUGGCAGAAAUGGCUGAAGCAACAGCAAUGACAGCAUUAACAGCAACUGGAACCACAACAACAGAAGACAUAGCAGCAUUAAUGGCAGCAGCAUCAAAGGCAACAGCAAGAUCUGCAGCAGCAGCAGCAAGAGCAGCAAAAGCCGCACUCCCAAAUGGAGGCAGCAAUCAAGUGCUACCAACAGCAGCAUCCACUAAAACAACAGCAGCAGCACCAGCCAUAGAGAGUCCUGAAAUAGCAGCAGCAGUAAACAGUGGCAGAUAUGGCAGAGGCAACAGCAAUUACAGGAAAAACAGUAGCAGAAGCUGCAUCGGCAAACAGCACAGACAUAAUGACAUCAACAGCACAAGCGGCAGCAAGAGCUGCAACAGCUGCAGCAAAAGCAGCUAA